AUGGGGAAGAGCGAGCUGAAGGCCAUGGCGAACCGGACGAAGGCCAAGGGGCUGCAGAAGCUGCGGUGGUACUGUCAGAUGUGCGAGAAGCAGUGCCGCGACGAGAACGGCUUCAAGUGCCACUGCUCGUCGGAGUCGCACCAGCGGCAGAUGGCCGUCUUCGGCCAGGCCCCCGACCGCGCCGUCGAGCGCUUCUCCGGCGAGUUCCUCGAGGCGUUCCUCGCCCUCCUCCGCCACGGCCACCGCGGCUCCCGCGUCGCCACCACCGUCGUCUACAACGAGCUCGUCGCGGACCGCCGCCACGUGCACAUGAACUCCACGCGCUGGGCCACGCUCACCGACUUCGUCCAGUUCCUCGGGCGCCAGGGCCUCACCAAGGUCGAGCACACGCCCAAGGGCUGGUUCAUCGCCUACAUCGACAGGGAGCAAGCCACCAAGGCUGGGCUAAAGCGCAAGAGGGUCGAGUGUGAGGAGCUCGUGAUUGCCCGGCAGAUUGAGCGUGCCCAAAAAUCCAUGGCCAAGGACAAUGGUGACCUUGGGAAAAGUGAGGAUGAGUGUUCGGGAUCAGGCGAGGCUGAUCAAGAACGACAAGAACAACAACAUGAGGAUGCCAAAGAGAUCAACAAGGCAACGGGGAAGGUUGCGAUCGCACUCCGGCGCGCCGCUCCGGCAACGCCUGAGGUUAAGCCAGAGAUGAAAUUUGGCUUGGAUGAAGAGGAGGAGGCGACCAACAACAAGGGGAGAGACGCAGGGAAAGCAAGGGACACGAGGAGGUCGGCCAUUGAUGAUCUGAUGGAGGAGGAGAAGGCCAAGGAGCGGAGCAACCGGAAGGACUACUGGCUGUGCCCCGGCAUCGUGGUCAAGGUGAUGAGCAGAUCACUGGCCGAGAAGGGGCACCACUACUACAAGCACAAGGGGCUGGUGAGGAGGGUGAUAGACAGGUACGUCGGCGAGAUCGAGAUGCUGGAGAGCAAGCAUGUCGUCAGGGUGGACCAAGAUGAGCUUGAGACCGUCGUCCCGCGGAUCGGCGGGCUGGUGCGGAUCGUCAAUGGCGCUUACCGGGGGUCGAACGCGAGGCUGCUCUCGGUGGACACAGAGAGGUUCUCUGCCAGACUGCUGGUCGAGAAGGGCCUCUAUGAUGGGAGAAUUCUCGAGGCCGUCGAGUAUGAGGACAUCUGUAAGGUUGCUUAA